AUCUAUUUUACUUGUUUUUUGAUUCAGCGCAGCCAUUUUUAAGAUUUCAAGAGCCAGUCUCAAGGGAGACAUAAUGGAGUUAAGUCACAUUGAGAUAAGAUGGAUAUGGGCAUUUCUUAUCCUUACAGCAUUAAUACAGGAACGUGUCACUGCCGGUGACUGGGUUGUCCAUGUUCCCACUAAUCCAAUCUUUGCCCCCCGUGGUUCCACUGUGACACUACCCUGCACCUACGAUUUCCCGGACGAGUCUGGCAACCGUCAUGUGCUGUCUGAGAUGUGGUGUCUGAACCACAGCUUGUGCAUCACUCCUGACUACAUUUACCACAGUGCAAGCAUUUUUCCUGAGUUAGGGUACCAAGGCAGGGUCCAGUACCUGGGAACACUUGGCUCUAAAAACUGCUCUCUCAGAAUAGAUAACCUGAGGAUGACGGACAGUGGUGUCUAUGUGUUUCGCUUCAUCACUGACCACCCUGUGAGAAAGCUGCCCGGCCAGAAAGGAGUUAUGCUACAAGUUACAGCAGAAAGCAAUUUUCAUUACAUUGCUGCUAUAGUAGGUGGAAUCAUUUUCUUGCUGAUAGUUCUCUGCAUCAUUGCUGUCUGUGUCAAAAGAUAUUGCAUCUCAAAAUCACAUCAGGCAGUUCUGAAUGAUGAAACCCACCUCUGAUAUCUGCCUGGUAUUGGACAGAUCGUCGUACACCACACGAAACCACAGGAUCUUUGGAUACUUCUGUUUCAGAAUUAUUGCGUGUUGGAUCAAUACUUUGAUCCAAAUGUUUGGUUUAAAAAAGGUCUGGUUUAAUUGUUAUUUAGUAAAUGAACAGAGUUUUGUUAUUUAUUAAAGCUGCAGAAUUGUACAAUACGAAUAAAUAUUAUGGAACAGUUGAAACAAACUGAACAUGCUCAUAAGUUUCAUCUAACCCCAAAAAAGUUUCCUUCUUAAGUAUAAUACUCGAUAUAAGACUAGUGUAGCUACAUGAAUCUGUAAUAAAAAUGGUCACACUAUACUGUGUUCCUGUUACACAAGGGACAGUUUCCAGCCCAGUUGGUUUUACCUUUAACGUAACACAAUGUAAAAUGUUCUAUGAAUAAAUGUAAAUGUUUGAUGUAAAUUGUUUUUUUAAUUUUUACCUGAACUGAAGUGCAGUGGUAUAUUUACCCUAAAUGUAUUUUUUAAAUAAAAAACAUUUUUUUAGAAAAAUA